UCAUCAGUGGCAUCAUGGCGGUGAAGGCUCUAGUCUCGUUAGCCAUCGUCGCCUGUUGUGGAUUCGUCCACGCCCAGCAGGCGAGCGACGACUGCGCCAGCAUGUGCAGGAGCAUCGCACCUCCUGGGUUCCUGAUUCCAUCGCAGCCUCAGUCAAUUUUUGGCUUCGGGCGCGCCGGCCACGCUAAGAAGCACGGCGCAGCGCAGCGCUCGGCGCACCACGGAGCGGCCAGCCGCCAGAGCGGGACGUCCAGCAGCGAAGCCUGCGACAACAUGUGCAAGAGCCUCGAGCAGGGUAUGGGCUAUGGACGGGAAUUCUCUUGUCCAACCUUCUGCAAUGGUUUCAGCGGGUCUUCUGGGCGAUCUAAUCCCUCAGCACGAAGCAUUCAUAAGCAUGCCGGUAGCCGCUCGGCUCACGCCCUGAAGAAGCACCGCAGCGUACGUUCGGCGAUGCCGCUCCCACUCGCUGCCCAACAAUCCCGCCAGCAGCGACAAGAGAACGGCGCAACGGAAUUCUGCAACGCCGUGUGCCCUACGCUUGCGGAGAUUUUUUUUUCGGGCUUUCUAAUACCAGGCGGAUCAGCAGGUGGAUCAGGAGGAACAAGUAGCUCAGGUGGUUCCUAUGGGUCUGGCGGCUCAGCUGACAGUUCAGGUGGGUCAAGUGCAACCACUGGUGGAGCAGAUGACUCUACUGGCUCUGCAAAUGGCCAAAGUGGCUCUACUGACGGAUCCACGGAAUCUUCAGGUUCUGGUGUGACUACUGGUGGUUCAAGCGGAUCUGCAGGCGGCUCUGGUGGAUCAGAAGACUCUACUGGCAGUUCUACUGGGUCCACUGAUGGUUCUAGUGCAUCUAAUGAUGGAACCUCCGGAUCUUCAAUUUCUGGUGAGACUACAGAAGGUUCAGGCGGAUCGACAGGCGCCUCUGGUGGAUCAGGAGGCUCUACUGGCAGUUCUGCUGGGUAUACAGAUGGCUCUGAUGCAUCUAAUGAUGGGACGACCGGAUCUUCAAAUUCUGGCUCAGCUACAGAGGGUUCAAGCGGAUCUACAGGUAGCUCUGGUGGAUCAGACGACUCUAGUGGUAGUACACAUGGUUCAGGUGGGUCUACAGGCAGCUCUGGUGGAUCAGACGACUCUACUGGCGGUUCUUCUGAGUCGACACAUGGCUCUGGUGCAUCUAAUGAUGAAACGACCGGAUCUUCAAGUUCUGGCUCGACUACAGAAGGUUCAAGUGGAUCUACAGGUAGCACUGGUGGAUCAGACGACUCUAGUGGUAGCACACAAGGUUCAGGUGGGUCUACAGGCAGCUCUGGUGGAUUAGACGGCUCUACUGGCGGUUCUACUGGGACAACAGCGGGAUCUACUGGUUCCAUUGGUGGCGCCACUGAAUCAUCAGGUUCUGGUGGGAGUACAGAUGGUUCAAGCGGAUCUACAGGCAGCUCCAGUGGAUCACAUGACUCUACUGGCAGCUCUAGUGGGUCUACAGAUGCCUCUAGUUCAUCUGAUGAUGGAUCCAGCGGUUCUUCUAGUUCUGGUUUCACUACAGAGGGUUCAAGUGGCAGUUCUCAUGGGUCACAUGACUCCACUACUAGUUCUAAUGAAUCUAGUGAUGACAUCACAGGAUCAUCAGGUUCUGAUUCAACUACAGAUGGUUCAGGUGGAACAACUGGUAGCUCUGAUGGAUUAGGUGUCUCCAGCAGUGGGCAAGGUGGAUCUGAUGAUGGAUCAGUCACUUCCGGCGGUGGAGAGAAUUAUCCUGAUAUCGACAUCUGCCUCUUCGAGCCGAGGAAAAGUGCAGGUGAGGGCAAAGCAGCAUCGAAGUCAAGUUCGUCAGUAAAAUCUACAGCAACAAGACAUGGAGGAAAGGAAAGGAAGAGAAUAAAUGCGGCUGCCAGGUCUGGUCACAAACAUGGAUCGAAAACCUCAGCUUCCAGAGCACAUCGAAGACAACAUACAGCACAUGGUCACUAACUUUUCAGUUCAGUUAUUCCAUGUUUACCCAGUUACUGUAGCACAUUCUUAUUUCUAUUCUCAUUCCUGUUGUCACUACAAUCACAAAAAAAUACAUAUUAGCUUGUUCACAAGCUAUGUUGGAUAAAAAUAAAUAUUAUUUUUCAACAUUUA